AUGAGACUACGAUACACAAUUGCCUUCCUUGCGACCAUUGCUUGGACGACAGUGGAAGGCCUGGCACCUGCUACUCCUACUGGUACUACUACUACUACUUGCCAAACAUCAUCGGAAAGAACUUCUGACAGUAGCAGUAUUCCUUCAUCAAACCUCGUUGAUUUCAGCCUACAGGAACGAAGAAAAGUCUUGGCAACCUUUGCCAGCGUGACAUCCAUCCUUUUGUCAUCUACAGAAUCGGCGGUGGCUGAAACAACCUCCAGCAAGCCAAGCGAGUUUACCAGUGUGGGAACUCAAGCUCCGGCACCGGACGGAAAUCAACCAUUUGUGACUUUGGAGAAUGGUAUCAAGAUAAAAGACUUUCGUGAGGGGACAGGCGACGCAGCUGUUGGAAAGAACUCAAAGGUUAGUAUUCAAUGCUCGGGUCGGUUACUGAAUCUGAACGGGGUGGUCUUUUACAAUACCAAAAACAACAAUCCAGAUGGAUUUGGAGCACUUCCGUUGGAGUUAUCUCUUGGGAAGGGCGAAGCGGUCCCAGGAUUGGAAGCUGGUUUGAUUGGAAUGAAGAAGGGGGGUAUUCGACGAAUAAUUGUGCCACAAGACCUUGCUUAUAACAAGUUCCCUGACCUCGAGCCCAAGCCCAUGAAUACCAACGAUCAACGGGCUUUGGACUCGGUUGUCAAGAACUCUCGGCGAGAUGGAGCUAUUCUAUUUGACGUACAGGUAGAACGGUUGAAAUAA